AUGCUCGUUAGUGUAGCUGGCCUUGUGUUAGGGGCAUUUGUGCUGCUUUCCUCUGCUUCUCCUACAUGCCCACUUGAUGGGCCGGUGUUCCCGAAGCCUCUUCGUCUUUCUGGAAACGAUGCAGUUAAAACUGCGGUAGCCACAUUGAAAAAUAGAUUCGUCAACAUCACGGCAGGAGCUCAGAAUUAUUCCAUGUCAAUACAAGUCUUCUCAGCAAACGAUCCAGCACCCCUAUUCUCUUUGUCACAUACAGCACCAAGCCUCGCAAACCAAAAUUCUACAGGGGUGAAACUCGUCGACGAGAAUACUGUAUUUCGACUUGGAAGUCUCACUAAGAUUUACACAAUAUAUGCAUUCUUGAUCAAUGCUGGCGAUAGCCACUGGAAUGAACCCAUCACCAGAUAUAUACCCGAGCUCCAAGCGCUAGCUAAUCGAUCUGAUCCCGUAAAUUAUGUAUCAUGGGACGAAAUCACCCUUGGAGGACUAGCAACGCAAUUGACCGGAAUCCCACGUGAAUAUGCUUUACUUGGGGAACUUACACAGUCGAAAGAAACGAGAGGCCAGGUGCUUCAGCUUGGAUUCCCACCUUUAUCUCAAGACCAAAAGCCUCCAUGUGGAGCAUUUCCAACCUGUGAUCGAGCACAAUUCUUUCAAGGGAUUGGCUUGUUCUAUCCGUCUCUAGCACCAUACCAAACACCUGCAUAUUCCAAUGUUGCAUUCCAGCUCUUAGGUUAUGCUCUCGAAACAAUUACAGGAAAGACUUUUCAAACUCUAUUAGACGAAACGGUGAUCGAACCACUAGGUCUGAACAACACAUUUCUUCGAGCCCCAGAAGACUCACGGGGAAUCAUACCCGGAGAUCACGAUAAGACAGGAUGGGCAUUUGAUAUAGGCGAAUCUGCAGCUACCGGAAACAUGUAUGCGUCAGCAUCAGAUCUAUCUGCCUUAGGUCGAGCAAUUCUCAGCCAUAAAUUGCUUUCACCGGUUACGACACGACGAUGGCUAAAGCCGUUCGCAUUUUCAUCGGAUCCACUAGCUAUGGUCGGUAUGCCUUGGGGGGCUAGAAGGAUCAAAUUGGAUGAUACAUAUCGAUAUACCACAGCUUUCAACAAAGCAGGAAAUAUAGGAGAUUAUUCGGCCCUCUUGGCAAUAUUACCGGAUUUUGACAUUGGAAUAUCGAUUCUUCUUGCUGGUGAACUUCCAGGCAAUGCUGGAUUUAGUCUUGCUGAUAUAAUUGGGGAUUCUCUCCUUCUAUCAGUGGAAGAAGCUGCUCGCUCCGAAGCGGAUUCUUUAUACAGUGGCCAUUACGUCUCCCCGGACGACGGAUUGAAUUCAUCUAUGACGAUUACUAUUGACAAACUCCCCGGGCUAAGCAUAUCCCAGUGGUUCAGCAACGGAACAGAUUUUGCCUGGGUAGCUACGGCAUUGCAGAACCAAUACUACCCAGUCACUCCGCGCAUAAGGCUAUAUCCAAGCGGCUUAGAGGGGCCAGCUGAGGGUGGUGGAAAGCGCGUGGUUUUUAAAGCAAUGUUCGAGGACGCGAACGCUCCACGGAACGAGAAUAAGAUGUUCUCAACUGAGUGCGGAUCGUGGGUUUCGGUUGAGUCAGUCAUAUAUGGAUCGGCAGCUAUGGAUGAGCUUAUCUUCAACUUAGACUCUAGUGGAAAAGUUGUUAGCGUUACAUCGCCAUCGUUGAGGGUUACCUUAAAUAAGGAAUAG